AACAAUUCCGCGGCACUUGUGACCCAUGACGCUCCUUCCAAUGGAAAAUGGGGAAGGCAUUCUCUGCGCAUUAAAGUGUAUGGUCUUCAUUUGUUAAACCCAAAAAUCAUAGGUUUUGAACAGGAAAAACCUCUGUCUAUACCAUCAAUUCUCGAAGAUUACAUCAGACAGAUAUCCAGAAAUGGACAAACAAGGCUUCCUUGGAUAUAUGUAAAACCAUUGCUACUACAUAAGUACAACAAAGUGGUCGACUCAUUCAUAUCGGAAGGGAGUGGUUUAGAUUACUCAAUGUUAGCUACCCCACCUCACUUAAGUGAACUUAGGCAGCGAGUGUUCAAUACUCUCAAAAGACUUGAUGGAAUACCUUUUACUAUUCAGAGAAUUUGCGAACUAUUUGAUAGUCCUACUCGUCACUACCAAAGAGUGGAUAAGUUCCUGAGAGGACUAGAGAAGGUUUGUAUGGUGGUAUCCACAGUAGAUCCUUAUGGAAACAAAAUUCACCAAGAAGAUCCCAGGUUCCCAAGUCGUGCUGGUUUGGAUGACUGUGGGUUAUUAAUAGAGGGUUCUAUUACUUCACCACCCACCUCUCCACCUCCUGAGAAUCCUCAAGUACACCAUAUUUCCAAGUCCUCAGAUGAAGAGGUUACUGAAGAAGAUGACGAAGGUGAGGAUAAUAGUAGUGAUGGGAGUGAUGAACGACAAUCACCAAAAGCUGAUCAUAGUAUGAAUCCAAAUCCAUUAAUGAACAACUCUUGUGCAAGUUCGUGGCUUUUCAAAGCACAAAAUUCAUUGAAUCUUCCACACACUCCUCCAAUGCCGUUUCGUAGUUCUGUUUCCAAAACCAGGUUGGCAGACCAGUCUUUAACAAGUGCUCCUUUACUCAGUGGUUUGUGUGGUAGUCUUCUCUCUGCAUACUCUAAUAAUGACGAAGAUUACGACCAACUUAAUCGAUCGUCAGAAAACAAACAUACUGAUUCUAAUACCCAAGUUAAUUCCGAUCACUUAUCGUCUGUUGGAUCUAGCUUCUGCUCUGAGUCGUCUGAGUGUUUACAUGCUCUACCUGUAGAAUCUAACCUACAAGAAAAACCAUCAGAUGCUUCACAUAAACUCUCUUCAGUUGUACAAGAUGAAAUACAAGAUAAUUCUCUUCCAUGGAAUGAGGCGACUAAAAUGCCAAUCGUCAACUCGGAAACAUUGGAAGACACGAUAGCUCAGUGUGAUAAACCAGAUGAAGUAUCUAGCAGUGGUGUUAAACCUUCAGUUUCCAAUGUAAACCGAAAUGAUUCGCCUUCCAGAAGAUUAGAGCUCGACACAACUGGAGAUGAAAGUGGUUUGGCUGGUUGUCAAGUUCUGAGACCUAUUGGUCAACUUGAAGCAUUUGUACAAAAUUUAAAUUCUGAAGUUUCUAGCUCAGUAACGUCUGUACCAUUGCACAGUGGGUCUCCAAAAUCCACAAGCGACCCAUCUGCUCAUUUGAGUUGUGUAUCAUCUAUGGAGGACCUAAAUCACCAGGGAUCAAUUACUUCAUCUAACUCACUCUUACCUGUUUUGGUUGGGGUUAGACGUCCCCGUUCACCAGGAAUGGAUUCUAGUGGUAGUGAUCCUAAUGUUUCAACAAGCAAGGAUGCAGAUUUGUCGGAAAGUCCCGCCAAAAGACGUAGACUUCCGUCUUCAGAUUUAACUGAAACGGUAGAAUCUAGUACAGAUUCAUUAGUAAGUUUUGGUCAGUGAAUUGUGAUACGAUGUUUUGAUAACUAUAAAUCCAAUAAAAGUUUGAGAUUAUGUCACUUUCUAGUUCCGAAGGUGAUAUAUUUUCCAUCGAAUUCUUAUUGUUUGCUUAGGUUCGGGCUCCCGGUGCAGUAUCCCAGCCCUCACACAUAUCGAAUGAUUUGUGUGGCGCGUAUGCAUUUGGUGCCUUCUUGUAUCAGUGUUUAUGUGUUUAAAUAAUGAUGGUAAAUAAGUGAUAAUUAGUUACUUGAGAUUAUUUAUUGUUACAUUCGUUUAUACACUUUUGAUUAUGAACCCUAAUUUAUAUUAUCUUUAAACUAUUCUUAGUUUCCAAAUCUGAAAUGUUAUUGCUGGCCAUCCGUUCGCACCCAGUAAUUUUUCUCCUGAUAUCGAAAAAAUAGUUGCUGUGAAGAUGACAUCGUUCUUGCUAUGUGUGUAUUAUCUAAAGCAGGUUGUUUAAUUAAUCAACUACCAUUACAAAUAAUCUCUUAUUAAAUGAACAUAUGUUUCAUUUCAAAACGGAAAACUGUGCAUGUAGCAUCAAAACAUCUACAAAUCAUAAGCAUUUAAAACCGAUGAACAAAGUUGGAUUCAUUUCACCACUCGGUUCUCUUUUGUUUUAUUCAGAUCUUUUAUUUAAAAUUUUAUGAGUUGUUUUAAUGUACUUGUGUAGUAGAAAAAUAAAUUCAGAGGAUUUAUUUUUUAGAUUUCAGUCUAUGAUUAUAUAAAAUAAUAGUCUGGAAAAUAUUAACAUUUUCAAAUUUAGCCAUAAGUGCAAAGUUAAUGCCAUUCAGUAGGUAUAUUCUUACUAUAAUCUAUGCAUUUGAGACUGUCUAACGUAUUUAUAUCAAUCUUUUUUUCGUUCCAACAGGUUGGCAUUAGUUUCCAGAUUGUGACUUCAUCAUCUUUGGCACUGAAUGAUUCUCCUCCCAUUAUUAUGUGUAAUCCUACGAAUCAAACUCGUGAUAUGGAUUCUGGUGAAUGCAUUUUCGAAGCUUCAGAAAAUCCUAGUUCUGGUCAGUCUGUAGUCGAUCCAAUCUCAGCUAGUGAUAACAUAUCUAACUUACAUGAAGUAGUGAACAUUAGUUUCGCACAAAACUCUGAGUCAAGUUCAGAAUCUGUAGAAGGAAGUGAGACAGUUUUGAUAAACAAUGAUAAUAUUGGUCUAUCAACUGUAAACUUGUCGAAUAUUAAUUCGGAAACCGGAGAGGAAGAGUCAUAACAUCUCUUUUUUAAUCAUAACUACCAAUGUUUUCUAGAAAAAUAUUGUGGUUUCAAGGAAUUUCAUAAAAAUACUUUUUAAGUGUAUAUCAUAUUACUUUUAUUAUCGUUGUAAAAUUUUUGAACCUGCUUGCUUUUUUCAGAUUUUCUGGUUGUAAUAGUUAUUUUUAAUAUUAUUUCGUUAGUCAAGCUUGAUGCUGUGUACUAUUCGUAACUAUAUGUCAGUCUUUAAAAUUGAUAGAGGGCAAUCUCAUUUAUCGGUUAUUUUGGUGUUUUAAGUGGCUUAUUUUGUUUCUCAUUGUAAAUCUCACUCUUAAACAACUUGCAUCGUUUAGUUUCGAGACGAAAGAUGUUAUCAUUUGUCAAUUUGAAUCUUAUUUUACUUUUUGCCGACAGUCAAUUUAAUAACAUUGUAUCACACAAAUUAAAGAGUUCCUAUCAGAACUGUAAGGAUUUACAAGUUUUAUAAUAAAAAAUGCUAGGUUAUUGUC